AUGAAAGAACGAGACGCGCAUUUUAGACAUAUUUUACUGUAUUAUUUCCGAAAAGGCAAGAAAGCAUCGCAAGCACACAAGAAGUUAUAUGCCGUAUAUAAGAAUGAAGCCUUGAAAGAAAGGCAGUGUCAAAAUUGGUUUGCCAAAUUUCGUUCUGGUGAUUUUUCACUGAAAAAUGCUCAACGAUCUGGCCGUCCAAUUGAAGUUGAUGAGACCCAUAUCAAGGCCAUUAUCGAUACAGAUCGUCAUAGCACAACGCUUGAGAUUACAGAGAAGCUCAAUCUUAAGGAAAUUGAUUUGACGCAACGUAUUAACAUCUGCGAUUCGCUUCAGAAGCUCAACGAAAUUAAUCCAUUUCUAAAACGACUGAUUACUGGCGACGAAAAGUGGAUAGUUUAUAACAAUGUUAAUCGGGAAAGAUCGAGGGUGAUGCAGGAUGAACCAGCCAAGACGACACCAAAAGCUGAGAUUCAGCAAAAAAAAGAUUCUGUUAGUUUGGUGGGAUUAUAA